AACGAAGGAGAAACGUAGCCAGACGGUUCGGUCGAGGGAAAUGGAAGCCUGUGGGCGAAUGCAAAAUAGAACGAACAAAAGGAGACAGUCAAGUGUGCUACUGCAUGGGCGUGAAUCGUCGUGGUCCUGGCGGCUUGGUCGCAAGAGAGGGAGAUGUUGACAACGGUGAAGGAAGAGUCCGGCUCGACCAAUAAAAGUAAGAAGCGAAAAAGAAGAAGAGGGAAAAAGACGAGGGCACGCGACGAGACGAGAAGCCGCGUGGCAGAAGAGCGAGCGCGCAAUACAGAAAAGAAGCCGUAGUGCAGGUCGAGGCAGCUGUUAGGCACGAUGCAAGACGUUCUAUAUUGGUUUGACGUCUGCACAACAUCGCUGCCAUCGCCAUUCUGAAGCAAAGCCACACGACGGUCCCACGCGCCAGCCUCAAACAAAGUUACCGUCACUAUGUUGCGGCUAACCCGCCGGGUCGUUGUGACACUUCGCACGUCACACAACUCGUGGGGCCCCUUCGGACUUUCUACCAAACAUAGAACAAGACCACAUUCCAACCACGGCUUUGACACACAACCCUUUGUGCCUCAGGCGGCCAAGAAUCAGCUGUGAGCCUGUCUCAUUAGGCACGCUCCACUAGACGGCCAUGCCUCUCGACUGUCAACAAUCCUUCGAGAGCACCGAGAAGAGUUAUUCGG